CUUGGCCGGGGCGAGUGCUGCGUGGUCGGAGGCCGGCGGGGGACGCGGGCCCUGAAGGGGCGAAGGCUGGGAGCCGGGCCGGGGGCGAGCGGAGGCGCGGGGCGCGGGCCCUGAGCGGGUCAGGGACCGCGGGUGGUGGACCGAGGCCUGGCUGGAGCCCCGCCACCAUGGCCGCCGCCGUGGACCCGUUCCUGGAGCUGCUGCACUCGGUGUCGGUCGGCUUGACGAGCAGCGAGCUGACGGAGCUCAAGUUCCUGUGCAUGGGGCGCGUCAGCAAGCGAAAGCUGGAGCGCGUGCAGAGCGCCCACGACCUCUUCUCGGUGCUGCUCGAGCAGGGCGACCUGGGCGCCGACUACCCCGAGCUGCUGCGCGAACUGCUCGCCUCCCUGCGGCGCCACGACCUGCUGCGGCGCCUGGACGACUUCGAGGCGGGCGCCGGGGCCGGGGCUGCGGCCGCGGAGGAAGACCUGCGUGCCGCCUUUGACGUCAUCUGUGACAACGUGGGUAAAGACUGGAGGAGGCUGGCUCGCCAGCUGGAAAUCUCGGACAGCAAGAUCGACGCCAUCGAAGAGCGAUAUCCCCGCAACCUGACAGAGCAGGUGAGGGAGUCCCUGAGAACCUGGAAGGCCGCCAAGAGGGAGGACGCGACGGUGCCACAGCUGGUGGCGGCCCUCAGGGCCUGCAAGCUCAACCUGGUGGCCGACCUCCUGGAGGAGGAGCAGGCCCGGAGCCUCCAGAACAGGAAUGGGCCCACGUCCCCCAUGGCUGGGGACUAGGACACCCGCCUUUGGGGCGCCCUGACUGGCUGGCUCUCGUCUCAAGAGAGACCGAGGGCGUCUGCACCUUGGUUCUGUCCUGCGUGGUGUAACUGAGUGCCUCUCUGCCCCCUGCUGGGGAGACCCCGCCAUGAGCUAGGCAGACACAGCCCCUACUCCUGAAGCCACAGGCCGGCUUUCAACGAGGGCCAGCCCUCUCAGCGCUCACUGCACGCCAGGCAUUGUUCUGAGCACUGCAGACAUCAUCAUUCAUCCCUCACUGUCACCCCGUGAGGGUGAUUCCGCUGUCCCCGGUAAGUGAGCUGAUAGGGAGAGAUGCAGGCAGUGUGGCCGUGACCUGGCAGGCUGUCACUCUGCGGGGAGACAUCUGGCCCAGCGAGGCUGAGGAGCCGAGCAAGGUCCCAGAGGGGCACAGGGCAUUGGGGUUCGGAGCCCCGGCCAGCUCCAGCCAGCACUGUCGUCCCACCACCCCACACCAGGCAGAAGGGACAGUGUGUCCCUGUGUCCUUGAGAGGCCUCAGUCUACACUGGCGUACCCGGGCCAGCCUGGGGGUGCAGCUCGGCCUGCCCUGGACCGCGCUGAGUCUCCCCUGAGGCGGGCAGCAGGGACAGUCACAGCAAGGGAAGGAGCCGGGGUGACACCAGUCAGCACCGUGCAGCGUCACUUCUGAUUCCGGUGAUUCUGCAGUUUGCUGCUGUCUUGUAUCAAAAUCAUAUUUUUCUGAUAAUGGAAUUGGCAAGGGAGCUGGGUCUUGUGAUUUUAAAGAAACGCCCUUCCUGCUCCUGAUAAAGCGUACGCCUUCACGGCGGAAACCUGUGUUACCAAGAACUUUCCAUUCCUAUGGAUGAAUCAUUUCCAAUGAUAGUUCCCAGAGGUCCCGUUAUGGCUUGUUUCUCUUAUCCUCUGCAGCUGAUAACGGGCUCCAACGUGUGACUAGGAUUUAAAAACAAACAGUUGCCACCAAGUCGACUCUGACUCACGGCAACCCCGUGUGUGUCAGAGUAGAACUGGCUCCGUAAGGUUUUCAGUGGCUGAUUUUUCAGAAGCAGAUCACCAGGCCUUUCUUGACUAAGGUGCCUCUGGGCGGACUGGAACCUCUGACCUUUCGGUUAGCAGCCGAGCGCCACCCAGGGGCUCUGCGGAUAGGGAGGCCAGCUCUAAUGUCAGCUCCCCUCAGGAAUGUUUUCCCCAAGCAGCUGUGGUCGGGCGGCAGCAGCUUUCACCGACUGGGGGCCUGCCAGCCUCCAAGAGGCGUCAGAGAGCCAAGUGGCUGCUCCUCGUGUGGCCCUUCAGCGGUGGCCUUGGGAAGGCCACCACCUGACAUGACCCUGAGCUGCUCUGACCUCGGCCAGGGUUGCAGGGCACUGUCUCCCUGGGGACUCCCGCCCUUCAGCCUGCAGGCCUUCAGCAGCCGUGUGCUGACGUUGGCACUGUGUGCCGAGCUGGGCUGUGGCAGGAAGGAGACAGGAAUGGUCCUACUCUGUCGACACUAAAAGGCUGGCCAGGGGCACAUCGAUGUCACCCAGCUAGUCCGGAGCCUGGAGGCGCUGCGCCGCGGCCCCGUGGCAGGUGUGGCCUGGCAUCCCUGCCGUGCCCAGCACCACCCUGCCCCCAGCAACAGACACUCUCACCCAUAAGUGUGGACGGCAUGGUAGGUAGGUAGCUUUGGGGAGUCACUUUUCUUCGGAAAGAAAGAAUAUCCAUAUUCCUUGAACAGAGGCAGGUUUGGAAGGCUUGCCUUUCCCAUGAGCUCACAGCACAGAGUGCUGAGGCGUGGGAAUGCCGGGUGCCCUGGCAUUGCCCAGUGUCCCCUGUACACGCCUCACCUGAGAGCAGCCUCAGGCCUGUCGCACCAGGUGCUCGGAUGCGGGUUUGACGACACUGAGCGUUCUCCACUGCCUGGGAACGAGCGCCGGGGGGACUCGCGGUCGCUGGCUGGGUCCCCGGCUUUGGCGCUGGUUCAGCCCUGCAGCACCUGAAGAAGCUUGCCCCUCAUUGGCCAGUGGGGGGCGCUGGCUCAGCCCUGCAGCCCCUGAGGAAGCCCGCCCCUCCUUGUCCAGCGGGGAGCUGGGUCUCCUCCCCUCCAGGACCACCAUCCGGGGACUCUGUGUG